GUUCGCCAACCCCGCUUCGCAUCUUCUCACUACGUCAAUGUGGGAUAAAAGGCUUAUCAUACGCACGUAACAUAUGAUACUCAGAUACCACUGGGAAACAUCAUCUCUCUUGUAUUUUUCUCCUUCGUUACUAUCCUGAACUCCAUACAUCAGACACGAGUUCUGAUUGGCAUUUUUCUUGUAACCUGAACUCUCUCCCACCGCACUAUACUCAGAUAAUCGUCGUCGUUUACAUCCCCGAACACAAGAUGUCUGGAAGCGUCACAGAAGUUGUUUACUUGCAUAUGAAGCCUGGUCUGGAUCUUUCAUCAGGCGAAGCGAAAGAAGCAUGGCAAUCAACCUUGAGUACCAUUGCCAAGCAGCCUGGUUGUAAGGCAUUAUACUGGGGUCGUCAAGUUGAGAGCCCGGAUACAGUCCAGAUGCUCGUAGAUUGGGAAUCUAUCGAUGACCACAAAACUUUCGAGGGCACCCCGGGAUACCAACCCUUCUUGUCAAACAUUAUGGAGAAGCUUGUAGCCAGCGGCCCAGAGAUGUUCCACGUCAAGUUCCCCGCUGAAUACUCUACAUCCGACAACCCAUUUACUAUGCCCGUCACUGAGUGCAUAAACGCCUACUUUCCGCCCGACUACCACCAGGACCAAUACAGUUCCCAGUUCUCCAAAUUCCGCGCUCAGGCUGCUGAGAUGCCGCAGUCGGGAGCUAAAGGCGUUUUUGGCGGAUGGAGUGUUGAGCCGCAUCAGCAUGAGAAUCUGGGUGAGGGUGUCAAUGGAAAACUGUUUGCAGGAUUUAUCGGAUGGCCGGACGUAGAGGCACAUAUGGCAUUUCGUAAGACUGAAGAUUUUGCGAGGAUCAUCCCAUUGUUGAGGGAAGGGCAUAAGGGAAUGAAAGUCUGGCAUGUCGCGUUUCAACAAUAUAAAUAGAUCGGGUACAGUCAUAGGAUGGGUAAAGUGGAGCUCUCGGAAGAUACAGAAAGGUAGUUUUCUCUGGGUAUAUAUAUGUUGCCGAAACUCCGAACGGAGCUGUAGCUUG